UCUUGUGUUUUAGUAUAGUCGUACAGUUUAACUAUCUUAAACAUGUCGUCUAGUAAUUGUUGGUCAAAUGGUGUGCCUGAAAUUGGAAUCGUCGGCGCUGGUAUGUCGGGUCUGUGUGCUGCCGUUCAAUUACGGAAAAAGUUGGCAAUCACAUCAUUUACGAUAUUUGAGAAAAAUACGGACGUAGGUGGAACAUGGUUGAAUAACACUUACCCAGGAUGUGAAGUCGACGUUCCUGGGCAUUUCUACAGCUAUUCUUUCGAACCAAAUCCAAAUUGGUCCGUCAACUACCCUCCUCAGCGGGAAAUACUGGAAUAUAUAAAAGGCGUCGCCAGAAAGCACCAAAUCUACGAGCACAUAAAGUUUCAGCAGGAAGUCAAAACGAUUUCUUGGAAUGUACAUCUCAAGAAAUGGAUUGUCCGUUACAUAACCGCCGCAAAAAGUGAUUUCGAGACACAGAUGUUCGAUAUAAUAAUCAUGGCUCUUGGCGCCUUUCGUAUUCCGCACAUUCCGGACGAAUGCAAAGCGUUCACUGGACCUACAAUUCACACGGGCGAGUGGAAUCACGGAGUCGCGUUGAAAAAUAAAAAGGUCGCCGUGAUCGGUAGUGGAGCGUCGGCCAUUCAAGUUAUUCCCAGCAUCGUAGACGAUGUUCAAACGUUGCAUUGCUACCAGCGGAAGCCAGCAUAUAUUUAUCCCAGAUUACAAUUUGCCUUCCCGUCUGUUCUGAAAACAUUUUUCCGUUACAUUCCGUUGCUGAUGUGGCUGUACCGGUGCAUCGUUUUUAUGCGGUUCGAGCUAUUCCACGCGGCAUUUUAUAGCGGAAGUCUUCUGAACAAAAUAUUGCAUGCAAUUACGAAAAACUAUCGCCGAAGGGAAUUAAAUUCACACAAACACUUGUGGAACGCUCUGACCCCCAAAUACGGUUUCGGAUGCAAACGAGUGCUCACAUCGGAACAGUACUAUGCUGUAAUGACACGACCAAACGUGCGUCUGCAUUCGAGUCACAUUGACAAAAUUGUCGGUCGAACGAUCUACACCAAAAACGGGACGAAACAGGAAGUCGAUGUUCUUGUACUGGCCACAGGCUUCAAAGUUCACGAAUACUGCAGCCCAAUGCAAAUAUUCGGAAAAGACGGUCAGAAUGUGCUGCAAACUUGGGCCGAGAAAGAUCCGCGGAGCUAUUACGGAAUUGUGUACAGUUCUGCGCCAAAUCUCUUCUCACUUCUCGGACCUAAUACGGGACUUAGUCACAGCUCGGUCCUUUUCAUGGCCGAAUGUCAGGUUGAUUUUAUGAUAAAUGCCGUCCGGGAAAUGAUGCGACGAAACGCUAUGAUGAUCAAUGUGAAAGUAGCGGCUGAAGAUGAAUUUAUGGACAAGUUGAGAGCGGACAUGAAGAACAAGGUGUGGAACAGGGAAAAUUGUGGUUCGUGGUUUGCUAACUCAAGAGGUGUCAUAACGACUCUGUGGGGUGACAAUUGUAUCAACUACUGGAGACAGACUAGGAGCAUUGACUGGUCCAAAUUUGAAAUUGAAUGAAAAAAUGUACUGGCUGGUGGGUGGAUGUGGUAUUGUGGAUUAAUAAAUUAUAUUUAAUGACAACUUGUUCCACAGCAUUU